AUCGACACUGUAAAAUUUCAAUUAUGUCUUAUUAUUGCUUUGUAGAAAUUGGUAAAUUCUCCCAAUUUAGAUAGAGUGAGGGAGGUUAGCUUCAAUUCAAACCUUGUCUGUUAUUUUCAUUUCUUCUUCUUGAAGAUGAAGGCUCAUUUUCAAACAAAUCAUCAAAGUCUUUCCAAGCAAUUCUCAAGAAAUUUCAUAGCAGUUAGCCACAACAGAGCCAUUAUUGGGUCUUCAAGAAAAGUUGAAAAGAAAGGGCACUAUUAUUACCCUAUGAAAUGUUGCAGCUCAUCAUCUUCAACCUCACAGCCACCAUUAUUACAAGAAGGAGAAGAGGUGGAGCUGAAGGUUCAUCAGCAGUAUUAUGGAAGUUCAUCAAGAAAAGAAGAAUUUGGGUUUCUGGUGAGAGAUGAGAAUGGAUGGCAGGUGAGAAGAAUGGGUGAGAGUGAGGAUGAGAUGAGGGAAGUGGCUAGAGUUCAAGCUGAAGCGUUUCAUGAACCAGUCUUGCUCUUCAAUGAUUUCUUCUUAGAAUUUUUCCAGGCUGAAGUACUUGCUGGACUUAUUCAUAGACUGAGGAACUCUCCACCAGACAGGUAUGCAUGUUUGGUGGCGGAGGCAUCAAAGGAGGGCAGUGAGUUUAAGGAAGUGGUUGGGGUAGUUGAUGCAACUGUGUAUAGAGACAAUGAUGUUCUCCGACACCUCCCAGGUGGCGCAGAUGAAUAUCUCUACAUUUCUGGGAUUGCCGUCUUGCACAAAUUCAGGAGGCAAAAGGUAGCAACGGCCUUGCUAAAAGCAUGUGAGAUGGUAGCUAAUCUAUGGGGGUUCGAGUAUCUUGUGUUGAGAGCUUAUGAGGAUGACUGGCGAGCUCGGAAGCUAUAUAGUAAUGCAGGAUAUAGAGUUGUGUCAAUAGACCCUCCAUGGACCUCAUCUUGGAUUGGUCGAAGAAGACGAGUCCUCAUGAUCAAAACCCCCAAACAUCAUCUUUAUACAAAAUAUUAGAACCACAAAAAAAUUAUUUGAUACACCAUCGGUAUAUAAACAUGUUGAGAUAUGGGUUCUAGGUAUGACCCUUGAGCAAGUUUAAGUCAUAACAAGUGGAGUUGUGUACAUCAAGCUUGUGGGCUUGCCGUUUACGGUGUUUAUUCUAUGGUUAAUUCUUUUCUGUCCUUUAAUUCAAAACUUAAUUCAUUUAUUGCUUA